AUGGCCUCUACCACCACAACCAACCAAACAUUAUCAAAAACACCUUUCCGUCUUCUUCAUUGGGUUCACAAAAUUGGAAAUUAUUCAAAAUCCAAACAAUUCUAUGAGACGGAAUUGGGCAUGAUCGAGCAGAGACACGAACAUUUCGAUGCCGGAUGUGAAGCUGCUUGUAAUGGCCGAUAUAAUACGAGUUGGACAAAAACCAUGAUCGGAUACGGACCCGAGGAUAAACACUUUGUGUUGGAGUUGACUGCUAAUUUUGGAAUUAAAUCUUACAAGUUGGGAAAUGAUUACAAUCAUGUGGUGAUUUCACACAAACAAUCAGGUGAGGAACAAGAGAAUGAGGAACAGAAAUUCAUCACCGAUCCCGAUGGUUACAAGUACUUGUUGUUGAAUAAGAACAAGGCUCUUCGAGAAUCUCAAAGAAAUACUCAAGAAAGUGAUCGAGUUCAAUACAUUUCUUUGCAUUCUUCGAAUAUUGAGAAACAAAUCAAAUUCUAUACGGAAGUGUUGGGCAUGAAAGUGUUCGAUCAUGAUUCCGAGAAUGGAAGAGUUUUAUUGGGCUAUGCACAAGAUCAAGCCAAAGUAGAAUUUGUACAAUUAAAGGAAAAUGAACCAUUGAUUCAUGGAGAAGCUUUUGGACGAUUGGCCAUUUCAUCCACUAUUGAUGUGAAACAAAUUCAUCAGAAAGUUCUUAAUGCCAAACAACAAGUCAAGGAAUUUGAGGAGAGUCAUGUGAGUAUUGUGAAGGAACCUGUUGUGCUGCCCACUCCUGGUAAGGCUGAUGUGGAGGUGGUAAUCAUUUCGGAUUGUGACGGCUAUGAAAUUUGUUUCGCUGAAGCCACUGGGUUUUUCAAGUUGGCAUUGGGUGAUUCUUAUGAACUUCAAGAGUAA